AGAAAUAAAACGAGACUCUUUCACUUCGUGAUUAUGACCCGGAAUACGGCUCCAAGUGUGACUCCGUGAAUCUGUGUUGUUAGCUUAGCUUAACGUUACAUUAGCCAGCAGACCUAAAUCAUCAUUGACUUUUCCAUUAGCACGCUAAGUUGCUAAUAGCCGGGUGUAAUCACUGAUAGCUAAAAGAGAUAUAUUUGAGAGUGAUUGAAGACAAGAGACAAUAUGCUGUGGUAAACUGCGGGAAGCUCUUAACACAUCGCCAAGAAUCGAUAAGUAUCCAGCGCGAAGGCUUUUUUUUAAAUUAGCGCCGACUGUUAGUGUCAUUUAGGAAAGCUAACAUUAGCUUUUGGCUAUCGAAUGCUAGGAGCAGCGCAACGUAAACGUGUGGCAUGAGAGAACGUUAAACGCUUGUUUCAUCGCGUUGAUAUUUCGGUCUUCGGCUACAAGUUCCAUCAGUUAACCAUUAUUUGUUUUCGACGAGGGGACAGCACACACCAGAAUCUCUAUGCCAGCAGAAAUGACGAUGUUGGCAGAUCACCCAGCCAGACAGCUGCUGGACUUCAGUCAGAAACUGGACAUCAACCUGUUGGACAAUGUUGUCAACUCUAUGUAUCAUGACAUUGGAUCCCAACAAAGAGUGGCCCAGGAAGUGCUCACCAACCUGAAGGACCAUCCAGAUGCCUGGACAAGGGUCGACACCAUCCUGGAGUUCUCGCAGAACAUGAAAACUAAAUAUUACGCACUGCAGAUUCUGGAGGCAGUCAUCAAAACACGCUGGAAGAUUCUUCCAAGAAAUCAGUGUGAAGGAAUCAAGAAGUAUGUUGUUGGGUUGAUUAUCAAGACUUCCUCUGACCCUGCAAACAUGGAGAAAGAGGGAGUGUACAUUUCAAAACUUAACAUGAUCCUUGUACAGAUCCUGAAGCAGGAGUGGCCUAAACACUGGCCCACCUUCAUCAGUGACAUUGUGGGUGCGAGUCGGACCAGUGAGAGUCUCUGUCAGAACAACAUGAUCAUCCUCAAACUACUCAGCGAGGAAGUCUUUGACUUCUCCAGUGGCCAGAUGACCCAAGUGAAGGCCAAGCACCUCAAAGACAGCAUGUGCAACGAGUUCUCCCAGAUAUUCCAGCUGUGCCAGUUUGUGAUGGAAAAUUCUCAGAAUGCGCCGCUGGUCCACGCCACACUGGAGACUCUCCUCCGCUUCUUGAAUUGGAUUCCUUUAGGUUACAUCUUUGAGACAAAACUCAUCAGCACAUUGGUCUACAAGUUCUUGAAUGUGCCCAUGUUUCGCAACGUGACACUCAAAUGUCUGACAGAGAUCGCUGGAGUGAGUGUCAACCAGUACGAGGAGCAGUUUGUCAACCUGUUUACCCUCACCAUGUGCCAGCUCAAACAGAUGCUGCCUUUGAACACAAACAUCAGAGUGGCCUACGCCAAUGGGAAGGACGACGAGCAGAACUUCAUUCAGAACCUGAGCCUGUUUCUCUGCACCUUCCUCAAAGAACACGGGCAGCUCAUCGAGAAGAGACCCAACCUGCGAGAGACACUCAUGGAGGCCCUGCACUAUAUGCUGUUGGUGUCAGAGGUGGAGGAGACAGAGAUCUUUAAGAUCUGCCUGGAGUACUGGAACCACCUGGCAGCAGAGCUCUACAGGGAGAGUCCUUUCUCCACCUCCAGCACCCCUUUGCUGUCUGACGUCCCUCCACGCAGACACCUUUACCUGCCUGUGCUCUCCCAGGUGCGUUUGCUUAUGGUGAGCCGUAUGGCCAAACCAGAGGAGGUGCUGGUGGUGGAGAACGACCAGGGCGAGGUGGUCAGGGAGUUCAUGAAGGACACGGACGCCAUCAAUCUCUACAAGAACAUGAGGGAGACUCUUGUGUACCUGACACAUCUGGAUUAUGCCGACACCGAACGCAUCAUGACGGAGAAGCUCCACAACCAGGUGAAUGGCACUGAGUGGUCGUGGAGGAAUCUGAACAUGCUCUGCUGGGCCAUCGGCUCCAUUAGUGGAGCAAUGCACGAGGAGGAUGAAAAGAGGUUCCUGGUGACCGUCAUCAAGGACCUGCUUGGCUUGUGUGAGCAGAAAAGAGGUAAAGACAACAAGGCCAUAAUAGCGUCAAACAUCAUGUACAUCGUGGGCCAGUAUCCCCGCUUCCUUCGAGCGCACUGGAAGUUCCUCAAGACCGUUGUCAACAAGCUCUUUGAGUUUAUGCAUGAGACCCAUGAUGGUGUGCAAGACAUGGCGUGUGACACGUUCAUCAAGAUUGCCCAGAAGUGCCGGCGUCACUUUGUCCAGGUUCAAGUGGGAGAGGUUAUGCCCUUCAUCGACGAGAUCCUCAACAACAUCAACACCAUCAUCUGUGACCUGCAGCCUCAGCAGGUCCAUACAUUUUAUGAGGCAGUGGGCUACAUGAUUGGUGCACAGACAGAUCAGGCAGUUCAAGAGCUGUUGAUUGAGAAGUAUAUGCUGCUACCUAAUCAGGUGUGGGACAGCAUCAUCCAGCAGGCCACCAAGAAUGUGGACAUCCUGAAGGAUGCAGAGACUGUGCGCCAGCUGGGCAGCAUCCUCAAGACAAACGUCAGGGCCUGUAAAGCUGUUGGUCAUCCCUUUGUUGUUCAGCUGGGGCGCAUCUACCUGGACAUGCUCAAUGUCUACAAAUGUCUGAGUGAAAACAUCUCAUCCGCCGUCCAGACCAACGGUGAGAUGGUGACAAAGCAGCCUCUCAUCCGGAGUAUGAGGACGGUGAAGAGAGAAACGCUGAAGCUGAUCUCAGGCUGGGUCAGUCGCUCCAGUGACCCUCAGAUGGUGGCAGAGAACUUUGUGCCCCCUCUGCUGGAGGCAGUGCUCAUUGACUACCAGAGGAACGUCCCAGCUGCCAGGGAGCCCGAAGUCCUCAGCACCAUGGCAACCAUUGUUAACAAGCUGGGAGUCCACAUUACCGGCGAAAUCCCCAAGAUAUUUGACGCAGUGUUCGAGUGCACUUUGAAUAUGAUCAACAAGGACUUUGAGGAAUUCCCUGAACACAGAACCCAUUUCUUCUACCUCCUCCAAGCUGCCACCUCCCAGUGCUUCCCAGCUUUUCUGUCCAUUGCCCCAGCUCAGUUCAAACUGAUCCUGGACUCCAUCAUCUGGGCCUUCAAGCAUACGAUGAGGAACGUGGCUGACACAGGUCUCCAGAUCCUGUACACUCUCCUGCAGAACGUGUCUGCAGAGGAAGCAGCAGCACAGAGCUUCUACCAGACGUACUUCUGUGACGUUCUGCAGCACAUCUUCUCCGUGGUCACCGACACGUCUCACACUGCAGGUCUGACCAUGCACGCCACCAUCUUGGCCUACAUGUUUAACCUGGUGGAGGAGGGGAAGGUCAGCGUUGCUCUGAGCGCUGCGAGCCCCGCCAACAAUCAGGCACACGUCCAGGAGUACAUUGCCAACCUGCUGAAGACAGCCUUCCCCCAUCUGCAAGAUGCCCAGGUGAAGGUGUUCGUUACCGGUCUGUUCAGCCUGAAUCAGGACAUCCCCGCUUUCAAGGAGCACCUGAGGGACUUCCUUGUGCAGAUCAAGGAGUUCGCUGGCGAGGACACAACAGACCUCUUCCUGGAGGAGAGAGAGGCGGCUCUGCGCCAAGCCCAGGAGGAGAAACACAAGCUCCAGAUGUCUGUGCCCGGCAUCCUCAACCCCCACGAGCUGCCAGAGGAGAUGUGCGACUGAAGCCGGCCGCAGCGACCAGCGUGUACAGAACAACUCUGAAGGGCGAAAGCUCAAGAGGAAGCAGGGAUGCUUCCUGUUGAUAAAUAGUUUUCUUUUCAAGUGUGUUUGUGUGCGAGUGUGUGUGUUUGAAAAGAGAAUGAGGGGCCAGAGGAAGGACCCCAGCACUCGGUUGUACGUCGACCAAAUCAAUGUCAAUAUGUAAAUGAGAAUCGCUUCCCUGAACUCCCUCAACUCUGGUGCGGAUUCUUCUUUCUUCUUCUUUUUUUUUUUUCUCCUACAAACUUAUUUUAUACAAAGAUUUUUUUUUGUGUGUGUAACAUGCCAUCUUUUGUUAAUUCUUUGCUAUUAAAGCUUUAUGUUUGGCCAUACGGUUCUUUUACUCCACAACGUCAAUAGAAUUAAAGGUUAUUUUUAAUCCCUCUUCCCCCCCUCCAGUCACCUCCCCUCCCUCUUGUUAAUAUGUAAUAUAUAAUGUUGAAACACUUGCAAUGGUUAUUUGACAGAUUGCUCUGGUUUCAGAAGUGCCGUGUGCACUGUGCAGGACGAAUGUGAUGCUCAAGGGGUAGAUCUGUACUCCCUUGCUUCCUUUGUUGUCUUGUUUUGGUUUGUCAGUGUGUUUAUUGUUUUUUUUCUUUGCUCUGUCUCUCCGAGCGAGUCGGGGCUUCUGUGGCUCUGCUUUUGGAUGAGAAAGAAGGCUGUGUGCAUAUCAUCCUGUUUGUAAAGCUGUCUUAGUACUCUGAGAAUAUAAAGUUGGCUAUUUUUACAAAACAUUA